AUGCAGUUGAUGUCACCACCAUCGAAUAACAACAGCAACAAUCUAAAAACCCAACAGUUUUCACAAAAAUCCCAGGCCUUUAAUUCAUCCAAACCAUCGUCGUCGUCUUUGUAUUCUAAUGAAUCGCCUUCCAGUGUUACGCUAAGAUCAUCAACAGCAUCAUCAAAUGGUGUGGCCAGUGAAUCUUCCCUUUAUCGUAAUUCUAAUCGGAAUACCACCUCUGUCCCAUGUCCCCCUACCAGUCAAAAUCGUCAAACUCUACGAUUGGGUACCGUUACCAUUGGGGAAUAUCAUCAGCCGGGUGCUCGUAAAGAACCGGAAAAGUUUGAUUUUAUUAGUUCAACAAUAAAACGUAAUGAUGGCGAUUCCGCACCGGCAACAGCAAAUGGAGCAUAUCACCAUGAAACGCUACAAAGUGAAUUGCACAGCACCCUGUCAAGGUCGAAAUUGAAAAAGACAAAUGGUUCGGUGUUGGAACAUCAGCGUAAUUGUCCACUACAUCAAAGUCAACAACAAAUGCAACAGCAGAAUCAGAAUCAGCACCAGAAUCACCAUCAGCAACAACAUAAUCAUCAUCAACAUCACCAUAAUCAACAUCAACAUUCGUCCCAACCUCACCAUCCAUCGCAAUAUGAAUAUCAAAAUGUCAAUUUCAAUAAUACCUACAGUGUAUCCGAGAUGGCAAAUAAAUUGCAAAAGACAUCCAUCAAUGGUGCUGGUGGUGGCGGUGGUUCUAAUAACACCUCAUCUGGCACUGGCACCACCCCUAGUGUCGGUGGUAUUUUAAAGAAUGGCAAUCGCAAUAGUUCGUCCAACGGCAGCAGUAAUAAAUCCACUGAAAAAUCCAUUAAAUUUGGUUAA